AUGAAUGCCGAAAUAUGUAAGAACUUCCUUUUAGUAAGGGAGAAAUUCCCCGAUCAAUUGGACAAUAAUGAGAAUUAUACAUUUAAAGAUAAAGAUCAUUUCAAAGAUUAUUGUACUAGUGGUUGUGAUGGUUCUCUCGAAAAAGUUAAUGCUGGAUGUUUAUAUUUUUUUAACGAAUUCUUUGGGAGUUCUGAGUUGUUUCAAUCUGUUGCAAAUAGUAACAUCAAUAUUGUUGAAUACAUUAUGAUAUGGUUAAGUUAUAUGUUAAACCUAAAGAAUAAUGAGCCAAACAUCACCAAUCUAGAACAUUUUUAUAAAACAUAUAUAGAUGGUAGUGAUCAAUAUAAAAAACCUAUAGCUAAUGUUAAGAAGUAUACAAAUUAUAAGGAUCUUAUAGAUACAAAAAAAUAUUAUUUGAAAAUGGAUAAGAAUAUUACAUCUAAAUUAUAUAAUGCAUUUAAAUUAUUAUGUGAAAUGUAUACUAUAUUUAAUGGAAACACGUCAAAUUGCGAAAAAUGUUCGGAAAAAGCUAAUCAAUUUGUUAACAAAUAUCAAGAACUUAAUAAUCCUAAUAAUAUUAAAGAUAUCGCCUAUUGUCAAGCAUUGUCUACAUUAUCAAAUGAUUAUAAUAAUUUAAAAAAUAAAUGUAAAAAUUAUAAGCUCCUUCCAGAGAUAAAUACAACACAAAAUAAUGUAAAAUGUUUUGAAGAUACAUCAUCAAGUUCGUCGAUAUCAAAGAACAUAUUUCUAGUUUUAUCAAUAUUUGGUGCAAUAGGAAUAUUUUUAGGAAUUUCUUAUAAGUAUUCGUUAUUUGGAUUUCGGAAACGAUUUCAAAAACAAAAAUUAAGAGAAAAACUAAAAAAUAUAAAGAAGAGAAUGAAUCAUUAA